AUGGCCCUCGCCUCCCGCGCCGCCGCCGCCGCCGCCGCCGUGGCGUGCGUCCUCCUGGCGCUCACCGCCUCCGCCGCGGGGGCGGGCUCCCACUCCCCUGCCCCGGCGCCCGCGGUGGACUGCGUCUCCCAGGCCGCCACCCUCCUCGACUGCCUCGACUACGUCCAGCCGGGGAGCGCCGCACGCCGGCCGUCCGCUGCCUGCUGUGGCGAGGUCAAGACCGCCGUGGCCAGCCCCGUCAUCGUGGGCUGCCUCUGCUCCCUCGCCGGCUCCAAGAACCUGGGCCUUCCCAUCGACAUCAAGCGCGUGCUGGCGCUCCCCGGGGCCUGCGGCGCGUCCAACGCCGCCUUCAGCAAGUGCAACAUUUCCGCGCUUUCCCCAACCGCCGAAGCACCUGCACCAUCAGCCGGGGGAUCAUCGAGUGGCGGGGCGGCUGCAUCACCACCGAAGGCCGCGGCGGCCAGUUCUCCAAUGACGGCGACCGUGCUGGUGGCUGCCGUGGCGGCUCCGCUGCUCGCCUACUGCUACCUCUUCUGA